AUGCAGGCAGCCGCGGUAUGCCUGCUCCCUGUGUCGUUCUGGAUCGAUGCGCCGUUCGGAAAGUUUGGCGUGCAGAGCAGGUGGAAUGUAAAUGGGAACACCGCUUGGAUGGCGAUGGAGUCGGUUGCACCGCUCGCUGUAGCAUGGUAUUCGUGGCCGGUACAAAGUACGUAUGCGGCAGUGUUGCUCGGCAUGUUUAUCGUGCACUAUAUGAACCGUGCGUUGAUACAGCCGCUGCUGAAUCCGCCGCGGUCGCCGCUGCACCUUGUGGUAGUGCUGAGCGCCAUUGCGUUUAACAGCGCGAAUGGGUUCUUGAUCGGGACGUGGCUGCGUACGCUGCAUGUCCAGCACUUUACACUAGCACGCGCCGUGCUGGCCGCGAUGGGGUUCGCGCUUUUCGGAGCGGGCAUGGGGGGAAACAUUGCGCAUGACACGAUCCUUAUGCGGCUGCGGACAAGCCCAUUGGCGGCGCGAGAUGUAACGAGGCGCACGGCGCAGUACCGCAUUCCGUACGGGGGUUUAUUUUUUUGGGUAAGCUAUCCACACUAUCUAUGUGAGUGGGUGGAGUGGAUUGGGUACGUAGUGUGCGGCGCUGCGGGCGGGAAUUGCGGCGUGGCACAGCUGCUUGCGAUGCCGCCAUUUCUGUUUGUCGUGCUCGAAAUUGGCGCGAUGCUUCCCCGCGCUGUACAUGGACAUGCGUGGUACCGUCGCGAAUUCGGCGUCGCGUCGCACGAUACACCGGGGUACCCCCCAAAUAGGCGCGCUGUCGUGCCGUUUUUGCUAUGA